UAUCUGGCGCAAAAGGGCCAGGAGCAUUUCGCAUAUGAUUUCAAGCUUCUGAGUGGCGCCGCGGGUCUCGUAUAUGGGUAUACGGCAUUUGUGCCCGUGGGCCUCUGGGGCGUGCUCAAGUGGUAUGGCAGUGAGAGCGCGAAUCUGCUCGAGUGCUGCUGCUUGUAUGGCUAUGCGAAUUUGAUCUGGAUUGCCGUGUCGCUUGUUGCGUGGAGUCCGUGGAGUAUCGUCAACUUCACAGUCGUGGCACUUGGUCUUGCUUUCAGCGCCACGUUCCUGCUACGCAACCUCUUCCCCGUGCUCAACUCGACCGAAGCAAAAACGUCAAAGAUCCUGCUGGUUGUUGUCUUUGUCCUGCAUGCGGGCUUUGCAAUUGCAAUCAAGGUCUUGUUUUUUGCGGCUACGAGUCCCGUGGGGCCGAACAAGGGCGCCGACAAGGGCGCCGACAAGGGCGAGGGUGAGAAUAAGGGCAACACGCGUGCUUUCUUAGAAGAUGGAAGAGAAGGAGAAGAUGAAGAUGAAGAAGAAGAAGAAUAA